AUAAAAUAAAAAAUUUAAGUUUUUGUCAUCCAAAGUCCCUGAGUUUGUCCCUCCCAAAUCCCAAUCUGCGGGCCAAACACUCAUAACCAUUGUUUGUCGGCGCUGAACAAUAAUCUAUCUUUAAUCUCGCUUUAGAAGACAACGUUUUCAGAGGAUUUAAAAUGAAAAUUAAAUUUUCCAGUUUUUAACACUUCACUGCAAAUUUGGUUGGACCAAACCUUUCAACGGUUCAUGGUCCAGCUAUAAAUAUUUGAAUUUUUUCAUAUUAAACCCUACUAAAACACAUUAAAAGAUGAAGGUGAAAGUAAUUUCACGUUCCAUUGAUGAAUUCACUCGGGAACGAAGCCAAGAUCUCCAGAGGGUCUAUCAUAAUUACGACCCCACUCUUCGACCUCAAGAGAAGGCAGUGGAGUAUGUCAGAGCUCUUAAUGCAGCCAAAUUGGAGAAGAUUUUUGCACGGCCGUUUAUUGGAGCAAUGGAUGGUCAUAGAGAUGGAGUAUCGUGCAUGGCCAAGAACCCCAACUAUUUGAAAGGAUUGUUUUCUGGCUCUAUGGAUGGAGAUAUUCGUCUUUGGGAUAUAGCUAACAGAAAAACAGUUUGUCAGUAUCCUGGUCAUCAAGGUGCUGUACGUGGUUUGACAGUGUCAACAGAUGGCCGAAUUUUAGUAUCAUGCGGAACCGACUCCACUGUCAGGCUCUGGAGUGUUCCUGUUGCUACUCUUACAGAGUCAGAUGAUUCAUCUGAUAAUUCAGCGGAGCCUCUGGCCGUUUAUGUUUGGAAGAAUGCAUUCUGGGCUGUUGAUCACCAGUGGGAUGGAGAUCUCUUUGCCACAUCUGGCGCUCAAGUUGACAUAUGGAAUCACAAUAGGUCUCAGCCAGUCAACAGCUUUCAGUGGGGAACAGAAACAGUUAUAUCUGUUAGGUUUAAUCCUGGAGAACCAAAUGUUUUAGCAACAACAGCUAGUGAUCGCAGCAUAAUGUUAUAUGAUUUGCGCAUGUCUUCGCCGGCAAGGAAAAUGAUCAUGAGGACAAAAUGCAAUUCAAUCUCUUGGAAUCCCAUGGAGCCGAUGAACUUCACAGCUGCAAAUGAGGAUUGCAAUUGCUAUAGCUAUGAUGCUAGAAAGUUGGAUGAAGCAAAAUAUGUACACAUGGGUCAUGAAUCCGCUGUAAUGGAUAUUGACUACUCACCAACUGGUCGAGAAUUUGUUACUGGAUCUUAUGAUAGAACUAUUAGAAUAUUCCAGUAUAAUGGUGGUCGAAGCCGGGAAAUCUAUCAUACUAAGAGAAUGCAAAGGGUGUUCUGUGUGAAGUUCAGCUGUGAUGCCAGUUAUGUUAUAUCUGGAAGUGAUGAUACCAACCUUAGGCUUUGGAAGGCCAAAGCAUCAGAACAAUUGGGAGUUCUUCACCCAAGGGAAAGGAGAAAGCAUGAGUAUCAUGAGGCUAUCAAGAAUCGUUACAAGCACCUUCCUGAGAUCAAGCGUAUAGUCAGGCAUAGGCACCUGCCAAAACCAAUAUACAAGGCAGCUGCCCUAAGACGCACAAUGAUUGAAGCUGAGAGAAGAAAAGCAGAAAGAAGGAAAGCACACAGUGCCCCAGGAAGCAUCAUAAAUGAGCCAUUGCGUAAAAAGAGAAUCAUCAAAGAAGUUGAAUGAGUUCUGUGGAUCUUAUGCUGGCGUAAAUCAUCAAAGAAGUUGAACGAGUUCUAUGGAUUUUAUGCUGGUGCAUAAUCAUGUGUCAGGAAAUUUCUCACUGAUAUAAAUGUUGGUUCUGGGGGAUGGUUUGCUGAAUUUUGCGACUCCCCUGAAGUCAUUUUCCUAUGUACUACAGGUCAGGUGACACAACGGAGCGGGAGGUCCUUUCAUUUAACAGUUUUGAAUUUGACGGACCUAGUAAUUUUCAAUUUAUAUAAUUUAUUUUCCUGUAAUUCAGUGUUGAUUCUUAGUAAGGAAAAGAGAAAUUGAGUUAUUUGUGAUCA